GAAACAACAGGAGGAGCCAGAAGGCUUGUUUUCAGAAGGGAGUCCGGGUUAGGAGGCUCGGUUGAGAGCGUAACGCAGCAGAGUACUCAGUAUGCUGACGGGACUGUACUGUACUCAUUAAAAGAGAAACAAGGACGCGAAUCGUUUUAACUUCUGCUAUCGAACUACUGCUAAUACAGCUUCACUGAUAAAUGUAAACAGGUGUUUUUAUCUUCUGGGGAACAUACAGCGGAAGAGGAAUACAUAUUUUGCAUAUUUGUUUUGUAUAUCUUUUUAUUAUUGUUAUUAUUUUGGACAAAAGAACAAUACGGGAUGGAUAGUGAAAAGUACUUACCGGAGCUGAUGGCAGAGAAGGAUUCACUGGAUCCAUCUUUCCUGCACGCUUUACGACUGGUCAAUCAAGAAAUUGAAAAAUUGCAGAAAGAUGAAGAGAAAGAAGAUGAAAAGUUCAUUGACGUAGUUAUCAACAAGAAUAUGAAGCUAGGACAGAAAAUAUUGAUACCAGUGAAACAGUUCCCCAAAUUUAACUUUGUUGGCAAACUCCUGGGCCCACGUGGGAACUCCUUGAAGAGGCUACAGGAAGAGACCCUCACGAAGAUGUCCAUCCUUGGAAAGGGCUCCAUGAAAGAAAAAGAAAAGGAGGAAGAGCUUAGAAAGAGUGGAGAAGCCAAAUACCAGCAUCUCAGCGAGGACCUCCAUGUGCUGAUUGAAGUAUUUGCUCCACCAGCAGAAGCAUAUGCCAGAAUGGGACAUGCAUUAGAUGAGAUUAAAAAGUUCCUCAUUCCAGAUUACAAUGAUGAAAUCAGACAGGCACAGCUUCAGGAGCUGACGUAUCUCAAUGGAGGUUCAGAAGAUGCAGAAGUGCCAGCAGUCAGAGGGAAACCAAUAGCAAGAGGCAGAGGCACACCCACACCAGGGCUGCCCAGGGGCAGAGGAGGGAUCCCCCCACCCCAGACAGUGGUACCCCGUGGUGCUCCUGCCCCCAGGUCAGCCCCUCCAGGUCGAGUUCCCAUGACAACAGGACGUGGCCUCCCUGCACCGAGAGCCAGAGGGGCCCCCCCACCUGCUGGAUACAGACCUCCCCCACCCCCUGCACAGGAAACCUAUGGAGAAUACGAGUACGACGAUGGAUAUGGCACAGCCUUCGAUGAUCAAGGUUACGAUUCCUAUGACAACAAUUACAACGAUCAAGGUCAAAAUGCAAGUGAUUACUAUGACUACGGACAUGGGAUAAACGAAGACUCCUACGAUUCUUACGGCCAAGAAGAAUGGACUAACACUCGUCACAAAGCGCCUCCAGUGAGAACAGCGAAGGGAGUUUACAGAGAGCAGCCGUACUCCAGAUACUGAACUCCGAGAAACCGAGUCUUGUCUGCUGUUCAAAGGAAUGGCUUUUCUAUGAACAACCCCUCAUUUUUAUUACAAAAACAAACACAUGCAAACCAAGUUGUGAACUGCUUACAAACCCUAAAGGAGCCUGGAAUGUUGGAUUGACCAUAGCUGUGGAGCCAUCAAGCAACUGGUUACUCUCUGUAAUGGGAAACCAUUUUCGGGGAAAGAAAAUAUUUAUGUUGAAAGAUAUAGGUAAACUAACCAUUUAUUAUUGACUAGUAUUUAACAAAAAAAUAUGAUACAAGGCUAGUUUUUGCUAGAGGUAGAAAUGUUUUCUAAUAUGGUAUUUUAACUUCAAAUGUAGUCUUUUUUUAAUUAUGCAGGAUUGGGGUAAAAAAAAAAAAAAAAGGAUUUCUUAGUUUAGUUUUAUUUAUUUAUUUUUUGGGUUGUUUGGAGAUUGGGAGGGUGGGUCUAGCUUCAUCUCUUGUACAUUUACCUAAACAGGACAGACAAUAAUAAUAACCUCAAGAUGCAAACGAUGCUGUAUUCUUUUUUUUUGUAACCAAAGUCUUCAAAUGUUCUGUAGUGUUGAGCAAUGAGCUUCUUCUUGCUUGAUGCUAAAUAAAACUUUUGAAAGAAAAU